AUGUAUAACCGUUCAGGCUUCAAUAAAGGGAAGGAAAAAACACACACACAAUGCACUCCGGCAGUGAAGCACAGGGCGCAACUGUUGCGAAACCAGAGAGAAGUCGAAACGAUGAUAACAAUCUCGGAAGACAACGCAAGAUGUGCCACAAACCAAGCUCGAUACAGGUUAAGAAAAAAAGACCAGCCUCAUAUAACGAACCCUUCUCGCCGAAAGGCUCUCGUUUGUCCUGGAGGAGAGAGAGAGAAGAGAGUGGCUAGGGAAAUGAAGGGCUGGAAAAAAGAAAUGGCCGGGCUUGCAGUCAGAGUUGAUAUCUUGCCAGGCGGGCUCUUCAGUGAAAUAAAGGGACAAAUUCGUGGCAAACGCAGGGCUGCACGCUUGAGGCGGCUUUACGAAGGGUAG